AUCUAUCAGUCCAUGGAUGCCACAAUUCCCUAACAAGACCUCCAGUACAAUCGGGUCUCAUGUCAUCUUGUAACCUCUAUCCGCCCACCCAUCACUCGUCUUUUUGACAAUGGCUGAAGCCCUUGGAGCCGCUGGCUCCAUCGUCGGAAUUGUUGCGUUUGGCCUCCAGCUGGCCGCCAAGUUGCAGGCUCAUGUGGAAGCUGUCGUUGAAGCUAGUGAUCGACUCACUGAGAUUAGAUUCGAUGUCAAUUCCACCGCUGCAACGCUCUACCAGCUGAAGGAUUUACUCGACAAAGACCAAGAUGCAUCCGUUCGCGUCUUUCCGGACGCAGGCGUGCGUGAAAUCGCCAGUCUCGCCACUCGUUGCUCGCAGAUAUACAGCACUAUCACCAAGCGACUAGACAAAGCUGCAGAAAGCUCUGGAAAUGGAGAGAGAAAGGUUGGAAUAUCGACAGAUGGAACCGACCAGACGCCCUUGAAGAUCACCAAACUGGGCCUCCGGCGGAGCCUAGCAUGGCCAUGGCUAGAGCCAGAAAUAGAGCGUUACCAGAAGCGGCUGGGACGAGUGAAGUUGGAUCUGCUUUUACAGCUUCAGCUGGCCAAUCUUGGUCGAUUUCAGAUAGAGAACCCAACGCUAAACCCAGAAUCAGAGGAGGAGCGGCAGAUUUUGUGCCAGCUUACUAAUAGUUUCAGAAGAAGUCCUGUAAGAAACGCAGAAAAGCCCACAGGACAAGGCACCGCAACAUUGCCUCCAGUAUUUCCUCCAGCUCGAGCCAAGAGCGACCUACAACUGGAACGGCACCGGGAGUGUGCGACAUCGGAUACCGCAGAGAAUGGUAGACUGCAUGCCGGGGCCGGGAUGGGAGAAGCCCCAGGCGGCGAGGCUGACGGUAAUUACAGCCAUGCAUCAUCACAAGAUUCGAUUGGCGCCAUGGAUCUGGGUCAGGAUCGUCGUGUAUCCCUUCAUCUUUCUCCAUCUUGGAUUCAAAAAAUCUUCCAGCCGGACUUGCGCGCCCCCUGUCUUGACUGGGAGAGUGCAGAAUUUGAGGCCUUCCUCCUUGAUGUGACGGUGGAGUUUGGGGGUAAAGCAAAAGCAACGCUGAACAAGCUCGAGGUCGGACACCUGGAGCUUCAGGAUGCCCUUGCCGGGAUUCUACCUCUCCAGCGACGGAAGAUCCGGCUAGGAGUCUGGAAGAAAUGUAAGUCACUCGAACCACGGGUGCGCCAUGAAGUCCAUGGAGCUAUCACGGCCGUGAAGCAAUGGAGCCGCCAGAAAAAGGUCUGGAUAGCAAUGGAGAUAAUGGAGUCCCAAACGCCUCAUGCGAAGGGCGGCUCGCGGCCUCUUACCAACGGACGAGAGACAUCUAUCAUUCUAUUUUUCCGUCUUGGUGAAAUGGUCGAGCCUGUCCGUAUGGAAUAUACUGAUAGACGCGUACUCUUACCGUACGAGCAUUGCCGUACAUGGGAGAUGACCAAAACCAUCCUCACUCAAGCCUUUCACAAGGAUGUCUCCUUUGACAAGCUUGUUCGAGGCGGUGAAUAUUAUAUCCAGGAUGUCAUAAGUGGAAGUAUAAUUGCUCCUCCUGUGUGGAGAUCCCUGGUUCGCCCUGGGAUGUACUUGAGAAUACGGCCAAGGUUAUGCCCGAGCACGCCACGCAAAGGAGCACACAAUCCUGGAGCUACAUUUACCCCAGUACCGGAAGGAAACCGAUGGCCCUCGUCGUCCAUACCGACCAGAACAAUAGCGUGUACGAUGGUAAAACGAGAGGUAUCACCCACACGGCAAACCAUUCACGCCGCACCAGGUCGGAGAGUCGCAUCUUGUGCAGACACUGGAAGCCGAUUACAUAUCGAUCAAGAGAUAGAGCGGCUUCUUGAUGAGGAAGAGCGCUAUGCAAAUGAGGUCGACAGAGCAAAACUUUGCGUAAGGGAACUCCUUGCCAUGUGGACAAAUGCACCAAAUGCAGGUAUCGAGGAUGACUUUUCCGAUAAGUUAUCACUUCCGCGGAGCGGCUCAAAGUUUUCGGCUGGAAAACGUCGCAUAUAUCGCUGUUCAUAGAAACCUAUCGUUUGACUCAUUAUUGCAGCAAGGAGAUGUCCCUUUUAUAGAAGCUUAGUCUC